AGAACGUUUCGACACCGCUGUUUCACUGAGGAUGGAUGCCAACAUCAUCGUUAUGGGGACAGAGAGCGUCGGGAAGUCAGCAUUGACCGUUCGUCUCUUAACCCGGCGAUUCAUUGGAGAGUAUGGAGAUAUUGAGUCCAUCUACAGUCACAGUUUUAUGGUCGAUAGUAGAGAGAUCACUCUCAACAUUUGGGAUUCACCUUAUUCAGAGGAUUCGUCCAUGGAGAUGUCACUCUUUGAGAAAAAGGUCCAGUGGGCUGACGGCUACGUCCUCGUCUACAGCAUCUGUGACAGGGCCAGUUUCAACAGCGUCAGCAGGCUCAUUCAGACCAUCAAGUCCACCAAAGACUACCUGAACUCAGACAAAGUGCCCAUAGUGAUCGUGGGUAACAAGAGGGACCUGCACCACAGGCGGACAGUGCUGAGCGAGGAGGGCCGGCUGCUGGCUCUCAACACAGACUGCUACUUCUACGAGGUGUCGGCGGCCGAGAACUACCACAGCGUGCUCAUGGUGUUUCACGGGCUGGUGGACAGGAUGAAGGAUGCCAAGCUGACCACAAAGAGGCCUCUGAGGUUCAAGGGCAUAGUGAAAAGCAUGUCUGCAGUGUUUGCCAGGAGACGGACAGACUCCUUUUAAGUAAGGACCAUGACAGAGGCAGAAGGCGUUCUCUCUGAGUCUGCAUUGUGGGUGUUGGACUGUAUGAAUAUCACAGUCUGUCAGUGAAAUGUUACCAGGUGUAUCACAUGCUACUGUGUCAAAGGUAACAAUGAAGCCUCCAGAGGCAGAGACGCUACAGAGAUGGGAGCUGCUUUUACUAAAAAAAGUGUGGAAAGAUUCUAGAGAAGAGAAAAAAAACAUUAAAAUUCAGAAAACAUGGAGAAAAUGCAAUGGAACAGAGGUUAUACAUAUUUUUUGUUGACAGUUGCACU